UAUACUCAAUAUGUCGGAUAAUGAUUCCGAAGGAGAGAAGAACUUCGAUGUUGACUUGACAGAGGAUGAUGAUUUUAUGUUGGGAGAUUUAUCUUAUCUUGAUAAAAUGAGAUAUCGCAUUAGGAAUUAUCUUCUCAAGCGCGGCAUGGAUUAUGACGAUGAUGCAGUGGAGGAUGCAUUGAAAAAAAAAUUAGCGAAAGAUAAAGGAGCUGAAAGGGCUAUGGCCAUGUUAAGGAAGGAAGAGCGGGAUAAAGAGUUGAAGGAGAUGGAGGAUGCUAUAGCCAGGCGACAGCAAGAGGAGCUUGACCAGGAAGAGGAGUCAGAUGAGGAGUCUGACCCAGAGACAAAAAAACAAAAACAAGAGGGAAAAAAAUAAAAGGAUCACAUGAAGAGAAGAGCUGCUGCGAAGUCUUUUUGAUUUUUUAAAUUAUGUAGUAGUCUUUUUUAUUUGCUUUUUUUAAAAUCAU